UGUUUAACAUGAUCACAUGAUCAGAGGCUGUCCUUCUUUGUAUCGCUAGCUUGUUAGCAGCUAGCUGCAGUAGUUCAGCUAGAAUCGGGUCGACCUGAUGUUAGCUGUAGUCGCGCUGAAGAGAAAAGCUGUCAUACGUAUUUAUUAAUAUCAUUUCAGUUAUUUCGUGUUUUAUUGUUCGUUGGCUCUGCAGCUUCCUGGUCCAAAUUAAGAGCUGGCUGAACGCUACCUAAACUAAUGAGUAUGUGACCAAGGACCGAGGUUUACAGCGUACGAUCUGGACCACUAGACAAGGCCAAAGUUAAUCAGGGGGUAAAUUUAUUUUAAAGUGGUCAUCAGGAGUUAAUAGCUAUGACAAUGAAGACAUCCCUGCUGAAAGUCAUUCUUCUGGGUGAUGGCGGUGUAGGAAAAAGCUCCAUCAUGAAUCGUUAUGUCACCAACAAGUUUGAUGCACAGCUUUUCCAUACCAUCGGUGUUGAGUUCCUCAAUAAGGAUCUGGAGGUAGAUGGCCGCCAGGUUACCCUACAGAUCUGGGACACUGCUGGCCAAGAGCGCUUUCGCAGUCUGAGGACUCCAUUCUAUCGUGGCUCUGACUGCUGCCUGCUCACCUUCAGUGUGGAUGACAACCAGAGUUUUCUCAACCUGGGCAACUGGAAGAAGGAGUUCAUCUACUAUGCAGAUGUCAAAGAGCCAGAGAAGUUCCCAUUCGUAAUCUUGGGCAACAAACUGGAUGUGGUAGAGAGACAAGUGUCUACUGAAGAGGCUCAGCAAUGGUGCCAGGAGAAUGGUGACUACCCAUAUUAUGAGACCAGUGCCAAGGAUGCCAUCAAUGUAGCAGUGGCCUUUGAGGAAGCAGUCCGCAGAGUGUUGGCAAUAGAUGAAAGAACAGACCACUUCAUCCCCACAGACACAGUCAAGCUCCACAGAAAGCCUCGCUCUGCUGCCACUUGUUGUUCAUAGCAUCCAGAAUUUAUCGCUAGCAUUAAUUUCCUGUUAAAACUUGUUUGAUGAGACUGUAGAUGUACAAUGCUGUAGUAAUACCUUAUUUAAACAAAUUAUGCUACUGGUUUUGCAAUUUGACAUACUGUUUAGGUUUGGAUCAUGUUGAUAGCUGGACUUGUGUUUAAAGAGAGAUGAAACACUAAAUUCAUCCCAGUCUCACUGCAAAUAAACAUGAAUGCACUGAAUUAUUGACUCGGAAAAAGACACAAUAUUUUGUUGUUUCCCCUCUGUGAACCCCACCUGUUGUUCUGACACAGCCUGUGGGGAA